AUGGCGCCCCCCGAACAAUCUCCCAUCCACGUGCCGCUCCGAACGUCAAGUCUCAAUCCAAUUCGAAACCGCAGCGCACAAUGUCAAGAGGACGUGAAGAUCCCCCAGCGAAAGGCGUCCAAAGCCUCGCGGAUCUUGGGGACAGACCUGUCAGUCCCCAAUGAGCAUGGCCGUUGGCACGAGCCUCGGAAAACUCGACCCAGUCGAACGCCCGACAGCGCCCCGAAGCAGAACACUGGCUUAGUUCCGUUUCCGACGUCAACGAACGAUGCAAGACCCCCUCACCAAAACCUUCGCGUGCGUGCCUCAUCUCCUUUGCUGGGCCAGAAUUAUCACUCGCACCCCGCGCCGCCUCUCUCCAAACCCUCCAAGAAAAUCCACCAGUCUGGCUCUUCGUCUACCCUCUUCUCCUAUUUCAGCUCCAAGGAAUCGUCCAAAAUGAAUACUCAGAACCAAGGGCUGCAGCCUCAAGUGCAACAUGAACUUCACGCUGAGCCCCAGGUCACAUUCAAGCAGCCUCGUGGUCCAAUGAAGGAGUCCAAGCGAAAGAUGCGACCUCCGCGCAUUGAUCUGUCUCUGCUCUUCCCGAAGCCUCGAAACACUGGCCCGCCUCCUCCUUUACUUUCCCCGCAACGAAUGACCUGUUCCCCAUCGCCGGUCUCGACGGUGGUUCCCGAUUACCCUACCACAAAGAUCGAACGGCCGCCCAGCCCCUCGGCUAACAGGAGAUACACCGAAGCGACCUCCCAUCCCCAUGCAUCAUCUACAAAAGACGACAGGCGCCAGCACUCCCGAAAGCCAGAUCGAUCUAACGUGGAGGCGAGAGAGAGCGAGUGGUUCGAGCAUCCCCUCGAGCGCACAGUGGGGACCAAGGAAAUAGACCUGGCCCUUGACCGGUACGACGGGCGGAGAUCUCCCUUCAGCCGCUCGAGUGUAUACACCGCAAGUCGAGAGCAAUUGCGCACAGAUCAUCCAGAGCGUCAUUGGGCUGCCGAGGCAAUCACGUCUUCGAGGCGCCAUAGCCCCCCUGCCCGCCAACCCAAGGAUCCUUACUUGACCCCAACUUCGCGCAAAAACUCAGUCCGCCAAAGAGCCACGAGCUCUCCUGAGGAACCAUGGCGACAUGGCGAGUACCAACAGGCCCGGAGUGUCAAGAGCAACGUGACAAAGAAAAGCAGCAAGAGCACCUUGAAGAACAAGGAUCUGCAGAACUCCAGUGUUCUUUGCCUCUCUUCAUCAGAGGAUGAGGAAGAGGAAACUCCAACGGCCGAACAACCCCGCAAUCACAAAAAUAGCAACAAAACGGCCUACAGAGAAAGCGUGGCCACUUACGGGGAAUAUGAACCCCAGAUCUACACAGCAUCUACUGCCCAGGCGGCUGUCGGCCCAGCAUUACGGCGGGUCGAGCGCGCGCCGUCCACCAGCAGUCACGGAUCCCACCAUGUCCCACGCAGCAGCUCGACGCGCAGGAACCCAUCGAUGUCAUCGACUGGCAAAUCGUCGCACACGACCCGACAAACCCAAUCUCGACGUUCGAGUGGAAUCCCCACCAUCGCAGAGCCAACCAUUCUGGAGCAGUUCCCGCGGCAGCCUCUGAGCUCUCCCGAGGAACUCAAAGAGAUGAACCGAAGAAGCCGGGUUAUCGCUGUGACUCGACAAGAGCAGGAUCUGUUAGACGCAUUUCGCAAGCGAAAAGGCAAGGUCACACCAAGCCUGUUUAACUACAAUGCCUCUCGCGCCCCCACCGAAGCGGAUCGAUCCUCGAUGAUAUCGGGCCCGUCGCGCGAUUCCUUCUGCGGCUCCGAAACAUCUUUCCUGCGCCUGAGCGCCGUACUCCCGCCCAACGCCACCCUCCCGUCCUACCAGGCGCGGACAAAUCAAGGCGCAACUCACAAGGACAAGCAGGGAUCUUUGUCACAGAGCUCUAGUUCUGAUAGUGAGCAGAAGACCGGUAACUCGGUCGGCUCCCCUCAGUUCAGUCUGGGCUACUCUGAGAGCCUGCCCUCGCCCGCCACCAGCGGCGCCUCGCCCCUCACCCCGACUCUGCCCAUCCACCGCUUCUCGCCGCUGCCCUCGCCCAAGCCUCCGCCUCGAAACCCGCCCCCUGCGGUUCCGGAGGUUCGGCGCCAGCAUACCCGUCGCCGCACCGACAGCAGCGAGGCUAUCAUGCUGGAUGAGAAUGGCGAGUCGCGACGCAAGCACCCGCUCUGGUCUUUUGACUUUGACUGGAACCACGAUCGAGCCAAUGUGGCGGCUGUGCAUUGA